AUGGAUUGGCAUCGAUUCCAUGCAUCGGCAAGCAUUGCCUUGCUUCGUACAUUACUUAUUUGUAUCAAUAUUAUUUUUUUGAUUAGUGGUGGAAUUUUAUUUUUACUCGGCGUUGUCUUACGAAGUCAGCUGUCAAUAUUUCUUGAUAUAACACCGGAAAUGAGUUCAUCGUCACCUUAUAUUUUAAUUGGCCUUGGUCUAAUCAUUUUCUUUAUUGGAUUAUUUGCAUUUUGGUGUACAAUUAAAGGACAUGUUACAUUAUUGUAUAUUUAUGCAAUCGUUGUUUUUCUUAUCUUCGUCGCGGAAAUUUUAUUGGCUGUAACAGUUUUAAUGAAACAACAAACAUACGAAGAAACGUUUAAAACAAGUUUGAGUAAUGUUAUGCGACAAUAUCCAAAUGAACCAAUGGCUUCACAUGUCGAUCGUCUUCAAAAUGCAUUAUUAUGUUGUGGUAUUGAUUCAUACACAGAUUGGUUUCAAACACCAUAUGGUAGUAUACUUCUUCAAGUGCCAGAAUCAUGUUGUAAAAAAUCAUUAAAUCAUACAUGUACACGAAAAGAUUUAAAAAAAGAAUAUCUACCAGCGGAUAUAAAUGCAAAUGGAUGUUAUGCAACAGUUAUAUCAGCAAUUAAAAAUAACUAUCCAAUUUUUGGUGGAAUUAUCAUAGUUAUUGCUUUAUUUCCAUUGAUUGGAGUUAUUCUUGCUUGUUGUUUAGCACGACAAAUGAGUAAACAACGUUAUGAACAAGUUGAUUAA